AUGCAAGACCGUAAUCUUUGUCUACCCUCCAUAUCAGAUAACCCCGAGGGAAUUCCUAGACCCCUUACGUCUGACCACCCGACCUUGGCCUCAUUCGAAUCACCACCUACUCCUCCACCCCCCCCCCCUUACCCACCUCCCAAAUUACACAAAUCUUCCCAAACGCCCCCACUCGAAACUCUCCCUUCUCCCCCCCCCCAUUCCCCCCCUGGACUCUCUACAAUCCAGCCCGAACCUCGAGAUUGCCUCAUCCCCGCGAGCAAUAUCUUGGGAAGCAGUAGUGAAAGACCCCACGAGUCUGGACUCUUUAUAAGCAGGAAAAGGUUGACGCCGCCACCCCAAAGCGUUAAUCCAUCAGCUCCGGACGAUACCGCCAACGCUGCAUCAAUGACAGCAAAAUCCUUCCCAGAAAUCACUGCCCCACGGUCGAAUAACUCUGCAAGGAGCAACAUCUCCGCUCACUUGACACAACCGGAUCCAACCAACUCAGCGUAUGAGAUAGUCGCGAGCUGGAGACAGGAGGACAUUCCUCCGAGAUCCAUUGUGUCAGACGAUGACUCAUCCUUUCCGGGGUCGCCGGUAUCUGAAGUAGGUAGACCAAGCCUACUUAUAAAUUCUGGCAAGCGACUGGGGGUAGAGAUGGAUAUAGCGACCAGAGAGGCCAAUGAAAUGCUGCUGCGAGGUAAGGAAGCCCUGGAAUCCGCAGGGAAAAUGAAGAGGGAGUGCAAGCAGACCACAUUAGACUGUCUGCAAUCCCUCUAUGAAAUGGUCCUGGCACUCUCAGACUCUAGGUCACGUCACAAACAAAACCUAGAGAGGGAGCGCUCUCGAAACGCUCAGGAACUAGUGCGCGUAGAGCGAGCCCACAACAAACUGGUGACUGGGCUUAUUAAAGAUCUGGCCUCGGAACUCGCCCAUGCCAGGACAGACAUCAAAACUAAUCUGCAGGAGACCAAGGAUGUAAGGAGUUGGCUGGAAUAUGAAACGAGGGUACCCUUUCAAAAGGCCACAGAAGCACAAAAGGCGCUGCAGGACGCAGAAAAAAGGCUUGAGGAAAUCCAUAGGACCCUAGCCCAGUCGAAAAAGGAAGGCAAAACCACAUUAGAGUCAAAAGAUAUCACCGACAUAAGAUCUUCGAUGAAAACGCUGGCCAAUCAAAUAGACGACAUGCGGAGAAACCUCAAUAACAUCUUUGAGACAAACCACAAAAGUCUGCAGCGCCUGGAAACGAUAACGACCCAACACCCACCCAAGAUGCUUCAGGAACACCUGCAGCCCCUAACAGAGCACCUGGAGGCAUUGCACUCGGAGCUAAAGACUAUGCGAGAGGCGAGGCAACAAACACCUCCGCCGCCUGCAAUAAGUUUAGCAACUGAAUUGGCGCAGGCGGGGGAUGCGAAACUUAAAAAACCCACCUACACAAAAGUCGUUGCAAAUGUUCCCUCUCCAAACCCUAACCGCACUCUGAUCGUGUCCUCAACCGAUCCCAAAAAGACUGGAGAAAAUGUUAUCGAACCGAUCAGGGAAGCCUUGGAUACGAGAAAAACCGGGGCUAAAGUGGAUAGGAUCAGAAAGGCUAGGAACCAAAAAAUCAUCCUCAGCUGUAGCACCAAAGAAGACCUCCAACUGGUGCAAGAUAGGGUUAAAGCGGCAAAAGGCUUAAAAGCAGAAGUGGCCAAAGCUAGUAACCCGCUUGAAGUAAUCCGCGACGUUCUCCUGUCACAGACGCUGAGA